GAUUAAUUGUAUAAUUAUUUUAAAAAUUGGUUUAAUUUGUUUAGAUAUGAAAUUUUUUAAAUUUCAAUACGAUUUUUCUAUUUUAAAUAUUCGUAUUUUAACAACUGUACUUUCUUACUGUAAAUACUACUGUACAAACAAACAAACAAACAGAUAAAAUGUGACAUAUUUUGGCAUUGCAUUAUUUGGCAUUGUAACAGUUUGGUUUUGGUCUCAAAUUUCAGUGGGCAACAGUUUAUUCCUUUUUAUUUAGUAAUCAUAUGAACUUGUAAAAACCACGCUGCUAAAAGCACACUUUAACAAAAUCAAUAUACCAUUAGGUGGUAACAUGAAAGCUUAUGGGAGUUGCAGCAAGUGCAGAACAGAAAGUGUCUACUCAUACAUAAGGUAGCUAGAUCUAAUAACUUCCCUAAAAUAUUAUGUGGCAAUACUUUUUUGUUACGCAUGCAAGUCCUUUGUCUUGUGAAGAUGUUGGGCUAAUGCCACCAGCUUCUUAGUUCACAUUCCAAUAUGGCCAUCCUCUAGAUUCCAACCCUCCGCUAAUAAAAAGCACAUUGUCACUUUCACAGUGAAGAUUUGAUAGUUCAGUUUUCUGCCUGUUUAAACCAGAAUCCUAUUUGGCUAUAUGAUUUGUUUAACUUCUGCUGCAUACUGGGUAAAUUUAUCCAUGCGCAGCUGUCUUGUUUUGAAUUCUAACAAAACCAGCUCAUCUGGUUUUGUUAUAAGCAAGACAGCUGUGCAUUUAGGGGAAAGCCGUACAUUAGGGGGGAGGAGAAAAAGAAAAAAAGGAUGGACCGAGGAGGGGUUGGAUAAGCCUCAAUGAAAGCCAGAGAAAGAAUAGGAGGAGAUUAGGUUGGGUGUGGAUAACAAAGUGAAAAUCAAGUGAAGAACUGGGAGUGCCCUUGUGUGUUCUGAUUUGCCUUUCCUCGAUCUUCUGUGCUUUUAAAAUCAACAACUUGUUUGGAGUGUUUAUCAGACAUGUCUGCAGUUCCGACCAUGGAUUCUUUUAAGACCGUCUUACGGUUCCUGACCAACCAGAAGAGCACUAUUGGCUACAGCUUUAUGGCCAUUUUGACUAUAGGUAGUGAAAGAGUUUUUUCCAUGGUGUCUUUUCAGUGUCCGUGCAACCCCACACAGAAUUUUCCUUAUGGAAUAACUUUUCUUCUUGGCCCAGCCGCUGUUUUGCUGGGCAUCGGUCUCUUUGUUAGUGCACGUCUUUGGCGGUUAUAUACUGGGUGCUGUCUCAACCCACAGAAACUCUGCCCCAGGGGUAACUGUGUGAGUUGCUUGUCAACGCUUUUUAAAGUACUGAGUAAUGCAUGCAUUGCCCCUGUUAUGUGGCUUUGCGUAGCAUUGCUCAAUGGAACCUUUUAUGAAUGUGCUGUCAGUGGCUUGGACAAUAACGUGGUGGUGGACCUCUUCUGCAAAAACAAGACAUCUGCAUGCCGGGCAGAACUAGCACGGGUACCUUGUGGUAGAACUCGGCUCUCCACGGAUGAGAACAACGAACUGCUGCUAAUGCUUCGAGCUCAGUCACAGAUCCUCGGCUGGUCCCUCAUUAUCAUUGCUGCAGUAGCAACACUUGUUGGGACAUGCUAUAAGAACUGUCGCUCUCAGGUGAGCUAUCUUCAGUUAACAUUUUGGAAAAUCUACAUGGAGAAGGAGCAGGAAAAGUUUGAAGCGUUUGCGGACGAUUACGCCACCAAACUGGCAGAACGGAAUCUCAAGAGCUUCUUUGACAACAAGGCAGCUGCACCAUUUCCCUUUCCAGACCAUAAGGCCUGGGAGGAGAUCUCUGCUUCAUAUAUGUUUACCAAAAGUGAACAGUACUACAGCACCCUUCAAAGAUAUGUUGAGGGAGCAAACAGAAAAUACGACCCUGAAAUGCGACCGGUUCUAGAUGAUAUAGAGAUGGCAUAGAAACACAAUACAAUAUAACCAAUUAUAUAACCAUUGUGUAUAAGUCAUGUAUUAAUGUCAAGGUUUCCAAAUUACUACCUGUGCAAAACAGCAUUAAUCUAAAAGGUUUUUAUAUUUUUGUUUUGUAAAUUAAGGAAUUUGCACUCUGAAAAUUGUAUUCUAGUAGCAUUUAUUUAGCUAUCUCAGAUCCUUCAUGGAUACUGAGAGAAAUAUGAUCCUGCUUUCUGGAAGUUGUUUACAGUGACAACAUCUUUAUUGCAGUGGUGCUGAAGGAUUAACUGGUUUGAAUGUUACUGCCUCAACAAAGUCAAAGAAAAAGGUAAACCUAUUCUCAGGGCAUUUUUAUCUAAGGUUUUUUACAAUUGCACAUUUCCAAAUCUUCCUGUAAAUCAGGAAGUGUAAAAUCAUUUGACCUAAUAAUCUUCUUAAAACCUUUAAAACUAAAUUCUACAACAUGGUCAAAUUGUACUUAUGGCCUUCAAGACAAUGUAGAACAUGGAACCACUACUUAUUUUCGUUCGAUGCUUUUAAAUAGAAUAUGUGACAAACAGGAAACCCACAGUAUCAACACCAGACACACAACACAUUGUUGAAGAAACUUGGUUUUCUCAGUAAUUUAGCCUAAUAGAGCUCUGCAGUUAAAUCAAGCUGCUCCUGGGAUAGUUUUUAAAAUUGCAUUAAUAAUACCAAAUUAUAUAUAUAUAUUUAUGUUUUUAAAACUGUGGCUGGUUUUCACCCUGUUGGUGGUGUACAUUUCCUGCAAUGUUGUGAAAGGAAAUGAUCAAACAUUUACAUGCAGUACUCAGGUUACAACGUUGCAGCAGAUUUCAUCAGUGUCAGGCUGGUUUAAUGCUAUAUGUGAGAAAAUGCUUCAAAAACAAAGUAAUAUAAGUUACAACAAUAACCUAAAAAAACAGAAGUAGUACUAACAUAGGCUGACAUGAAACAGUAACAGCUGUCAAAUUGGGAACUGCAAUGACAAUACAGUCGAUCUGCCUCAUUUAUUUGUAUUAGGAAAUGAAGAUAAAAAAAUUUUAUAAUCUAGUAAUAUGUAACAUUUUUUUUAUUUGUUAUUUCAUAUUUUGUACUUACAUUUUUGUAUAUGUUUUAUCUAUUAACUUUUGUAUUAAAUUUCAUUUUUUGAAUUGCUAUUAUGUUUACAAUUUUAUACUGUAAUAAAUGACACAAAGUGUACCAUCACUGCUGCAUAAAACAGAUAACAUCAAAUUAAAAAUGUACACUUAUAGAAACCUGUUCAGAUUGAGGAAAUGUUUUUGCUAUGGAUAUUUGCCUGUACAGUCAUAACCUGUGACCAACUGUACAUUCUAGGCAGUGUCAGAUUAAUUCAUAAAUCACACUUGGUCUAAUCCAAGGGUGUAACCAGCAAUAGAGUCUAAAGCCGAAGGUAUACGCAUGACGUCAUUUUCAUUUAAGGCCGUUUUUCAAUCCGAAGGCUGCUGGCUGCA